AUGAGCCGUGCGCUCCAUUCAUAAGGGCCGUGGAGCCCUGCGGGGAGGGUCAGGAACGCCGCCUUGUCCGAUGGCCUCCACCUUGCAGGAGAAGCGGCAUUUCAGGGCAUCGGGAUUGGAGUGGGGAGAUUUGAACCCAGCGCCCUGGCAAGCGCAGCAAGCGACUCCAGCAGGGGGAAGAAAACACCCUUUGUACUGCUCCUCCCAGCCGUAUUGCCUGAGGCACCCUUCCCUGGUAACACAGGAGAAACAAACUUGAUAAAGUGCUCAGCCAUGAACUGGAAACAAAGGCAUCUUGCCUGCCGCAAGUGGUAUCCGUGCUGAGCCAGGCUGCGGCCAAGGGGCUGCUUCCUUCCUUCCUCAAUACAUGCGUCAUCAUAAAUAUCCAGCGCUUACUCUUUAUAAAGGAGCCCCCUGCUGGGGAGUGAAUCUGCAAGCACUGGGCUCCUUGUCUUCCUUCCCAGCAGCUGGCUAACUAAGAGAGUGACGCUGGGAGCCAAGCACUAUAAACCCAGUGGCAAAGGCUGGUGGUUCCCAGCUGCUCUGGCGAGCGUGAAGCUGAGCUCCCUGCUGAGGAGAGCAGGAAGCUUUUGACUCCAGGCCUGGGAUCAGGUUUCCUCUGGAGGGGGGCAGCUGCCCAGCGACCUGCACCCCGGUGGCUGACUCUCUGCCCCCGCUCCCUCAGCCCCUGACUCCACCGAAUGUUUCUCUCCAGACAGAGGGCCACGAGCAAGAAGCCGGGUCCGCUGCCCACCUGUCCCAACGUCCUCACCCCCGACCGGAUCCCCAAGUUUUUCAUCCCCCCCAAACUCUCCACCUUGUAUGGCAGAGCCCUGGGCGGGAGUCCCGGUUCCCAGCAGAGCCCCCAAGGGACCGGGAGCCCAGAGACACACAUCGCUCUGAUCAGAGCCGCCGAUCAGCCCAUCAUCCACACACAGGGCCGGCACCAGGACUCUGUAGCCAGGGCAGAGGGUGAGGCUGGCCAGCAGCUCCCCCCUGCCUGCUCCACGCCCCACCUCCUCAGCCCGGGGGGCUUCCCCCUCCUGCCCGAGAGCCCCCACACGCGCCGAAGGGAGUCCAUCUUUCACACCGUGUGUCCACCCCACCGCAUCUCCCUCGACCUCUCCCCAGAGCCCGAUGCCAGGCUCUCGCCCCCGGAGCUGCGGCCCUGGUGGCCCGUCUCCCAGCCUGGCGCCUUGGACAGCGACACGACCUCCUCUGCAGGUGCCUCACCCUUCGGCUCCCCGGUGCUGGGGCACUCGCUCGCCUGCCAGGCCCACUGGGGCCGGCCCCUCUGCAGCCGCACCCCGGAUGCCCAGGCGAUGAGCCGGGCCAGCUCGCUGUCUGCCGAGGAAGCCAGCUCUACGGACGACAGCCCCAGCUUCCCACGCCGACAGGCCGAGCCCAGCUGGGGGGCAGCGGCCAGGUUAGCCCCGCCACCCUUCUUCCCCUUGUACUUCAUCUGCCGCCCCACACCAGUGGCCCAGGAGAACACGGUGGCGCUGAGCCGAGGUGGGCGCCUGCAUCUCUCCUCCGAGUACGUCCCGGCCAGCAGGCGCCUGCGCGUCCGGCUGGUCAGCGCCGAAGGCCUCUACCCGCGGCCCUGCGACCCCCGGCACGUCGGCUGCUGCGUGAUCCUGCGGCUGCGACCGGGCAAGGCGCAGAAGCAGCGCAGCGCCGUGGUCAAGAGGAGCCGAAGCCCCAUCUUCAACGAGGACUUCUUCUUCGAGGGCCUGGCGCCCCAUGAGCUGCCCAGCCGCCGCCUCAGGCUCAAGGCGCUCAACGUGGGCUGCGGCGUGAGGCGGGACGCCGUCCUGGGCGAGACCGAGGUCCCGCUGCCUGCCCUGCUGCCCCCCUAGGGCCCGGCGGGGCCACGCGGCCGCAGCCCAAGGCCUGGCACACUGGCCCUGGCUCCCAGCGGGUGCCUGGGAGGAGGGAGAAUGAGAAAGCCAAGGUUCAGGGGGCUGGAGGAGCUAUGGCUACGGCCCAGCUGCCCACCCGUCCCUCCCCUCUGCCCCAGCCCCGGCCCUGGAUGGACAAGGGCUCGGUGCCCCUGUGCCCCUGGCCCACCAGGUGUGGGGGCGCUCGGCAGGGCUGCACGCUGGCCCGCAGGCUCCCUGUGCAGGGCGCACAGCGAACUGAUUGUUUAGUUUUUGAUAAUGAAAAGGAGCCUGCACUGCAUGGGAUCCCAGCCGUGGCUGCAUGUGGGGCGGGGAGGGGGGGCAGGCUGCAGCGGAGCGAGGGCCAGGGCUUC